GGACGAACAAUGAUAAAAGAUCAGACUCAACCAUUUGAGAGAUUGCAAGCCAUGAGAACUGUACUUCAAAGAACUUUUAUGACUCAAUACUGCUGUAAAACAAUCGUUCAUCUUAAUUUCAUGAGAACCAGAUCCCUCGCGAGCAUGGCUUCAUUAUCUUUGAAAGCUACGUCAACAACUGAAGGCGUCCAAAACCCAAUCCUCGACACAUUAAAUAGCAGUGGACAGAUUCAUCAACCAUCGACGCAUUUGCCUAUUUCUGAGGCGGCGGAUGACCCUAUCAUAAGAGCCAAGUAUAGGCCAUUUUUACGCCUUCCUCAAAACGGCAUCGAUGAUUGGAUCGUCAACCUAGAGCUCGAGACUGCAACUACAAUGGCCUUUGAGAACUUGGAAAGAACGGGCUCGAGGUUGAAGGUACUAGUACUGUACGGAAGUCUGCGUAAAAGGUCUUAUUCAAAGCUUACAGCAUUCGAGGCAGCCCGCAUCCUACAUCGUCUCGGAUGUGAUGUGCGAAUGUUCGACCCUUCGCAGUUACCAAUCAGGGAUUCAGUACAUACCGACCAUGCAGCUGUUCAAGAGCUUCGCGAGUUGUCGCUCUGGAGCGACGGCCAUGUUUGGUGUUCGCCCGAACAGCAUGGCAACCUAACAGCCGUGUUCAAGAAUCAGAUCGACUGGAUUCCCCUGUCCACAGGUUCCGUGCGACCCACCCAGGGCCGCACUUUGGCUAUUGUUCAGGUGAAUGGCGGCAGUCAAUCUUUCAACACGGUAAACAGUUUGCGUGUUCUUGGCCGCUGGAUGAGAAUGUUCACUAUACCCAACCAAUCGAGUAUUCCCAUGGCGUACAAACAGUUCGAAAACGAAGGAGGUGAUGGCGGCGGCGAGGCGAGACUCUUGCCAAGCGGGAAUCGCGAUCGUCUAGUGGACUGUAUGGAGGAGUUCGUAAAGUAUACCAUCAUCAUGCGCCCUCACUUUACGUUGUUUGGAGACAGAUUCAGUGAGCGAAAAGAGCAACACGAGAAGGAUGCUGCCGCCAAGACAGUUGAGAAGUUCGCCGCUAAUGCUUUAAAAUAGAAAAUAGAAUAUGAACAGCCCCAGAGCCUGGCAGGUAGUAUCAUCGUGUAUACUUGAAACUUUACCUAGGUCUUGAGAUUCCCAUUUUCGGCGGUGAAAGUGAUCAUUCAGAAGAUAUGCCAUAUUCUUUUCAUUCGCAAUUCAUAUUUGAAAUUCAUAUCGGCUACCAUUCGUCGAUUGAUUCUUCAAUUCAUCGCCGAAGUAUGAUUACAACACCCUCCGGCCACUGAGGACGCCGGUAGAUAGUCAAUAGAAC